AUGAUGCACAGCCACUUGUUCAGUGGGCCGUCGGCACUUGCUGGGCCUAGUGGCCUUCCUUCUUCGACUGCUAUAAGUGAAGGAGCUUUACUAAACCAUACUCUCAAUCAACCUAAAGAAGAGCUAAAAACUCAAUUUACUACUAGAGAAGGUACUUACAAAAUCAUGCCGCAAGCUGAAUAUUCAAGGCCCACACGAGUACCUGUUAAUCAACAGUUACAAGCAGGAGUACCUAAUUCAGCUGGAGCACCUGUCCGUGUGUCUUUCUUAUCUCUUAACUUGCCAACUUUCGCGGUUAGGGAAGAGGAAAAAGCUUUUUCUAAUUCAAACUUGAGUGAUGUUGAAGAGCCUUAUGAAGAUCAAAGCUGUGAUAGAAUAUGUUUCAAUGUCGGACGAGAAAUUUAUGUUUAUGUAUAUAAAGGUCCGCAAAGUGCUGCCGAUUUGAGUAAGCCUAUCGAUAAACGGGUGUAUAAAGGAACAUUCCCAACUUGCCAUCAUUUCAAUACGGAAACAGCUUCUGCUGAUGCUUGCAGUCUCCUGAUUGGAUUCUCGGCGGGACAAAUACAGCUCAUUGAUCCGUUCAAUAAGGAUUUCCAAUCAAGUAGGCUUUAUAAUGAAGAGCGAUUCAUCGACAAAUCAUCUGUUACUUGUGUUAAAUGGGUCCCAGGUGAAAAAAAUCAUUUCCUCGUUUCAUACUCUAGUGGCUUCAUGUAUCUGUAUAAUGAAGAUCUACAAUGUCCCCAGACUGUGCCUGCUUUUCAAGUAUUCAAGCAGGGCGAUAAAUUCACUAUUUCAACUUGCAAAACUAAAACGAUGAGAAAUCCAGUGUAUCGAUGGCAGAUAGGACAAAGUGGAGCCAUUAACCAAUUUGCUUUCUCCGGAAGUGAUGCAAAGUUAUUAGCUACUGUUGGUCAUGACGGAUACCUACGAAUAUUCAAUUAUCACCAAAUGGAAUUACUCUCUUACAUGAAAUCGUACUUCGGUGGAUUAUUAACACUUGCUUGGAGCCCUGAUGCCAAACUUAUCGCAACCGGAGGUGAAGAUGAUCUUCUGACUGUUUACAAUGUUCACGAGAAAAGAGUAAUAUGUAGAGGACAGGGACAUAAGAGUUGGAUAUCCCAGGUUUCGUUCGAUCCUUACUCGUGUUCAGUAGAUACGGAUAAUGAGUUGAAUGGAAUUCUAUUAGAUGUCUGUUCCGAAGACGAUUUAAGAGGAUCCGGUAGUCCGAACAAAGCGGAUACGGAGAUUGAUGGUUCAACUCCUCUUUUUCGGAAUGCACAUCGACGGCAAGUGAAUGCUAUGCCACCGCUAUCAAGAUGUUCAUAUGCUUCUUUCGGGACGUUGAAUGGAACAAGCAAUACUGGAUUAGGGGUAUGUUAUAGAAUAGGAAGUGUAGGUCAUGAUACUCAAAUUUGUUUAUGGGAUAUAACUGAAGAUAUGCUCAAGCCUUCUAAUGUUCAACGGCAUCGUAACUCAACCAUUAUCGCUCCUAUGGCAGGUUUAGAGAUACAAACUUCUUCUCGGUUAGACCCGUUGUCUGAAGCAUCUCCCGAGGCUUCAUCAGAAAAGCCUAAGAAAAAAAGAUUCCACAGGAGAGGUUUCACGUUGGGACGGAUAGGUGGUUCCAGCAGCGACAGGAGAAGAAUUGAGUCUCUCGCUUGCAGCUCAUCAUCUUCUGCAAUCGAUGAAGCACGACUUUUAGGAACAAAAGUUUGUCCUCGAAUGGAAGAUGUUCCUGUCAUUGAACCGUUAAUAUGCAAAAAAAUCGCUCACGAACGUCUAACGGCUUUGGAGUUCCGUCGAGAUUGUAUUGUAACGGCGUGCCAGGAGGGCUUCAUCUGUACAUGGAUCCGUCCGGGAAAGGCAGGUGCAAGCCUUCUACGACGAGAAGUUAAUUCGCCUAAUGCCGUUAGUUCACCAACUGACAAUAGAGAUUUGAAAGAAUAUAGUGGUCACAGACCUUACUGGGGUCAAACUAGUAUCCAUGCUUAA